UUUACUAUUUAAUUUCAGUUGUUCAAGCAAAAGAGAGUUCAGAUAUUUAAAAAAGCUGAACAGUAUAUUCGAGAAUAUAGAAGAAUGGAUAGAGAUGAAAUUCGUUUAAAAAGAAUUGCAAGAAAUCAAGGGAAUUUCUAUGUUCCUGCUGAACCAAAAUUGGCUUUUGUCAUUCGUAUAAGAGGUAUAAAUGGUGUGAGUCCAAAACCACGUAAGGUAUUGCAGUUAUUUCGUUUACGCCAGAUCAACAAUGGAGUGUUUAUUAAAUUAAACAAGGCUACUAUUAAUAUGCUUCGUAUUGCAGAACCUUACAUUACUUGGGGUUAUCCAAAUCUGAAGGUUGUUCGUGAACUUAUAUAUAAGCGAGGAUUUGGAAGAGUAAGUCAUAGAAGAGUACCUCUCACCGAUAACUCUAUAAUUGAACAAAGACUAGGAAAGUAUGGAAUCAUCUGUAUGGAAGAUUUGAUUCAUGAGAUUUAUACAGUUGGACCUCAUUUUAAGAAGGCCUCAAACUUUUUAUGGCACUUUAAAUUAAAUAAUCCUAAAGGUGGCUGGAGAAAGAAAACCGUUCAUUAUGUUGAAGGAGGAGAUUUUGGAAAUCGUGAGGAGAAUUUGAAUGUUCUUCUGAAGAAAAUGAUUUAAGUGAUUUAAUAAAAAAAAGGUGUACAUGGAAAA